CGCACUCUUUUUUAAGGUUCCUUUUAAGUUUUAACGCCCUUUUCUUUCCCUCCCCCCCAACCCCCACAAUGGAAGCCGACGGCCGACGGCCCACGAAACAGCCUGGCCUUCCCUCCUCCGGCCAGCUCCCGACGGACCCGAGCGGCAGGGCCACCGCGUUCCGCCCCUUCUCGGCGCCGGCCUCCCCCCACAUGCGCGCCUUCCACCUCGCGUGGCUCUCCCUCUUCUCCUGCUUCUUCGCCACCUUCUCCAUCCCCCCUCUCCUCCCCGUCAUCCGCCGGGACCUCCACCUCAGCCCGGCCGACGUCGGCGCCGCCGGCGUCGCCUCCUUCGCCGGCGCCAUCCUCUCCCGCCUCGCCAUGGGCCCUGCCUGCGACCUCGUGGGGCCCCGCGCCGCCUCCGCCGCGCUCUCCCUCCUCACCGCGCCCGCCAUCCUCGCAGCCGGCCUCGUGACCACCCCGGGGGGGUUCGUCGCGGUGCGGUUCUUCGUCGGGUUCUCCAUCGCCAACUUCGUGGCCAACCAGUUCUGGAUGAGCUCCAUGUUCGCCGGGGACGUCGGCCUCGCCAAUGGGGUCGCCGCCGGGUGGGCCAACGUGGGGUCGGGGCUGACUCAGCUGGCGAUGCCACUCAUCUACACCUCCCUAAUGAAGCACCUCCACGUGUCGUCAUCCUCGGCGUGGCGUGUCUCGUUCAUCGUACCCGCAACGUUCCAGAUCGUGACCGCAAUCAUGGUCUUGGCAUUUGGCCAAGACUUGCCAAGCGGUCGCUACAAACGUAACAACAGGAACAGCAAGAGCUCGAAAGAGGGCUUGUUCGACGUUCUCGUGCACGGCUUGAGGAACUACAGAGGGUGGAUCCUCGGCCUGACGUACGGGUAUUGCUUCGGGGUCGAGCUGACGGCGGACAACAUCCUGGCUCAGUACUUCUACGACCGGUUCGGGGUGCGGCUGGAGGUGGCGGGGCUGAUCGCGGCGAGCUUCGGAGCGGCCAACUGCGUGACGAGGCCGGCCGGAGGGGUGGCCUCCGACGUGCUGGGGCGGAGGUUCGGGAUGAGGGGGCGGCUGUGGGGGCUGUGGGCGGCGCAGACGGCGGCGGGGCUGGCGUGCGUGUGGCUCGGGCGGGUCGGGUCCCUCUGGGGCUCCGUCGCGGUCAUGUGCUGCUUCGGCGUGUUCGUCCAGGCCGCCUCCGGGCUCACGUUCGGCGUCGUUCCUUUUGUCUCCAAACGGUCACUCGGAGUGAUAUCAGGGAUGGCGGGGAGCGGAGGGACGGUGGGGGCGGUCGUGACGCAGCUGCUCUUGUUCUCAGGCUCCGAGAUGCGGAUGCAGACAAGCAUAUCGCUCAUGGGCCUGUUGAUGCUUGUCUGCACCCUCCCUGUCACCCUCAUCUACUUCCCGCGGUGGGGCGGCAUGUUCUGCGGUCCGUCCGAUGAUCCGGAUGCGGACGAGGAAGACUACUACUUGUUGGAUUGAGACACGGUCGAUCCCAAGCGGAUCGGCGAGGGAAUAAAGCUUGUUGCUGUCAAUCACUCUGUGAAAAUUGAAUGGGGAAGAGGCUCAUGAUCAGUCAUGGCUGAUGCAGAGAUUCUGGAUUGAAGAGAGAGCUCAAACCAAUAUAAAAAGCUAGAGUCAGGACUCUGGAAAUUGUCACCUGCAGAUAUCAAAUUGAAGCUGUGGAGAGAGCAAUACACAGUCCUUGUCACUAGAUUUAUUUUGACAGACCUAAAUUUGUAAUAAUCUCAAUCUAUAUCUAUUAUUAUUGAAA